UGCAGAGGUCAUCAUCAUCAUCAUCACUGUAGUUCUCAUCCUAUCAGUCCUUUCAGCCACAAUGCCCCGCAUCUGCAGCACCAUCCUUCCAGCCUCUGGCAUCCUCGCAAUCCCUGUAUUCGCUCGACAUCGUCUAUCCUGUUACAUCUCACCAACAAACCCCUUGGACAACGAAUUGAGGACAGGCUAAGACUGAAGCAAGAUGGCGUGGAGAUGCACAGGCGCGACCAACGUCGAGCUCAUCACCAACAUGGCGAAGCACGGGCUCAUCAACUCUGAGCGCGUCCAAGCAGCAAUGAAGAGGGUGGACCGCGCGAACUACGUGCGCAAUCCGCAUGAAGCGUACGAGGACUCUCCUCAACGCAUCGGACACGGCGCGACCAUCUCGGCCCCGCACAUGCACGCCCACGCCGUCGAGUACCUCCUCCCCCUCCUCCACCCCGGCGCACGCGUCCUCGACGUCGGCUCCGGCUCCGGCUACCUCUGCGGCGUCCUCCACUACCUCGUGACCGACCUCGACUCCAGGGUGACCGGCACCGUCGUCGGGAUAGAGCACAUCCCCGAGCUCGUGGAGUGGUCGAAGGGGAACCUGCGCAGGGACGGCCUGGGCGCGGCGCUCGACAGCGGGAACAUCAAGAUGAUCGCGGGGGAUGGUAGACAGGGCUUUGCGGAAGCUGGACCGUAUGAUGCCAUCCAUGUCGGUGCGGCGGCACCCACCAUGCCGCAGGCACUCGUCGACCAGUUGUCCCGUCCAGGACGCAUGUUCAUACCCGUAGGGGAAGAGGCGCAGGCGAUCAUACAGGUUGACAAAGACGUGGACGGGAACGUCACGCAGAAGGAGCUCUUCGACGUCAUGUAUGUCCCUCUGACCGACCAGGAAAAGCAGCGGACCGCGGGUCUGUGAUAUGUGCUUUCGAAAACGUUGCGCAUGGAGCUCAUGGUGUGCGUGGACUAGCGAAGCCAAUUACCGAGAUGUCUUGGGCAGAUCGUAGCAGAUGUUGUAUCAUAGUUUGUACGAAUACAUGUUGCUUCCGCGUGCCCAGGUCGAUAACGGCGUUUUACGUUUGCAGAACGAAUACCGCUUGAUAGGAUGAGGUGGGCCCAAGGUGGGCCCGAAGAGUCUUGGAUCUGCUCGAAGGUGUCGCAAGAGGGGACAUCUAACGUUUGGUGACCGGAUGAUGAGAUGUUGGUUAGGCUAGUAUGGAGUUGAACCGGUACCACAGCUGCACUCUACUAUAUUACUACUAUUAUACGCAUAGGCCGCCUCCGGUGAAUUCGCUGAUGUCUGUUUGGCAUCUCAC